CAUUAUGUGAGUCACAUAAUGCAUCUCUUAUUUACAAAUCGAUGAGACAUGGGUGAGACAGUAUAUGAGAUAUGAGCGAUGAGACAGGUAAACGAGUCUGCGAUGUUUAAACUAUUCACCCCGACGUAGACUUUUAGUAAACAACCUGGUGCUUGUUACAAAUUACUAGAAUUAACUAAUAUUUAACUAAAUACCUAGUCAAUUUAGUCAUGUCGUUUAGUAAACUUGAAGAAAUUGUUGAAUUAAAGUUUGGUGAUAUCGAUAAGUAUGUGAGAUCAAUUAAAAAUAGACUCGAGAGAGUGGGGACAGACGGAUUAUCCGAGGAACUUACUAAAGUGGAUCGACUAGUGGAGAAAGCAAAAAAGUUGGUGCUGGAGACAAAUAUGUCCAUGUGUGAAUUACACAAAGUCGAGCUGGAUUCCACUUCAAAACGAAUUAAGAGACGAGAGAAAUUGGCAAAAGAUUUCGGAGAGAUAUUGGAGGGGUUCCGUGAAACAAUGUGGUCUGUUAUUAAAAAGAAGAAGAAUCUGAUGUCGACUAAAUCGGACCAACCCCCCAGGAGGCAUUUGAAUCUCUCCGACGUUCCUGACGGUACUGCAGUCUAUUUUAUUGAAAAAAUUGAUGGGCGUUACACCGUUUCCGCUAAACAAAAAGACGAGUUGUUCGAAAUGAAAGGUGUCGAACCUAACCGUGUUCUGGUACAAUUAUACCGAGAUGCAUUAUUUCGACCCAGAGAGUUGACAUAUGGAGAGUCUUCACUUAAAGAUAAGUUUCUUUGGGCAAAAUCCGCCAUACAUUUGACUAAUAAUCGGGACAAGAUGGACGGUGUGACGGGAUCAUCAUGUAGUUAUUCCGAUAAAUGGAAAAUCCAUUUGUAUGCUGAUCCGAUCGACGUGAUUGACCCUUUACUUUUUGGUGCUUCAUUCAAGAGUGCUGGAGUACUAAAAAAUUAUGUCAGGGACUACAAGGAAGCAAAGUGCUCAAUCAAGCCAAAAACUGUAAGGAAACUCUUGUCAAGUCACUGGGAUGUUAUAAAUUAUGCUAUUAAACAACGUCCUCGAAAUUGUUAAACAAGACGAUGAAGUGUGCCUUGCAUCGGAUGAACCAGAGAAACCGGAACGAAAAUCUAGAGGGACGACCGGCAAAUUGGGAUGCGAUCUCUGUGAUUAUUGAUGUGAUAAGCCUUCAGUUAUGAUUAUACAUGUUCGUACUCACACGGGUGAGAAACCUUUCGUUUGUGAAAACUGUGACAGAGGAUUUACAGAUCAAACGAGCUAUAAUCGACACGUACGGAACGGAUGUACGAUCAAGGGGAAAGGUAGGAAGCUUGGAUUCAAGCAGAUUGAAAAAAUUAGACAAAAUGUCGUUGUGCCGUCUGCGCCUAAUAAAAGUUCACCAAAUGCAAAUACCGAAGUUGCCGAACUGAGGAAGGAGAACAUCACCCUCAAGACAAGUUUGAAGGAGAAGGACGAGAGUUUGAAGGAGAAGGACAAGACCAUCAUCUUGUUAAAUCAAACGAUUGCCAGGUUGGAGAAAAAGUUGGCGAAAAGAAACCCAUUUUCGAACGUGCAAAAUUCAAACCCAAUGCAACAUAAAAGAGCACACUCACCGACUGACAACAACCCAAGAUUUAACAAAAAAUCAUCCACGAACAACGAAAAUAAUCAUUAUUAAUAUUGAUAAAAUUAUUAUUAUUAGCACAAACAAUGAAAUAAAGUAAAACCUCACCUUUGUCUUUCCCAAGAGGUUCGUCUUGAUGGA